AUGGGCGUCCAUCUGGAUCGUAAACUCCACAUGCAGCACCAUGUCACGCAACUACGCUGCAGACUUAGAGCACUCUACAAGAAAUUAGAAUGGCUCAUAGGCAAAAAGAGCAUGUUGUCUGUAGACUGCAAAAUCACCAUCUACAAGCAACUUGUUGCACCAAUAUGGAGAUAUGCUUUGCCGAUUUGGGGUGCCAUGAUUUCCGACACACAGCUGCGCCGAAUAGAAUCCACACAAAAUUGGAUUCUAAGGAAAAUAGUAAAGGCCUCUUGGUGGAUAAGGAACCAAGACAUUCGCGAAACAUACGACAUAGGCACAGUGGAUGAGAUAUUCAAUAUCACAAGUAAAAGAUUUGCCAAUUCACUUGUUAUCCAUCCAAAUGCCAAUGCUCGUAAACUCAUCGCAAGUCCGUAUGUGCCCAUUCGUCUCGAACGGCAAAGAUAUAACCAGCAACUCCAACAACACGUUCGCCCACUACAGCAAUUAUUGCAGCAAUCCCAAGAGCAACAACAGCUGCCAACUCUUCUACGCAUGGAACAAGAAGAAGACGAAGCCAAUACGCUCAGAAGGCAACAGGAACAGCAACAACAGGCUAGACAACAAGCACCAGUCAGAUUCAGUGAGAUGAGAAUAAACUCACUCAGACGGCAAUAUAGGGAAGGACGAAUGUCGCUUGAGGACCUAAAGCUUGCUAUUAGGGACCAGCCAUUGAUAAUCCAGCAACUAGUAUUGCCUCGUGAGCUGGCUAUAGAAAUAUACCGGCAGCAACAGCAACAGCAGCAACAACAUCCUGAAGAGCAGGAGCAGCAGCUAGAAGUACACCAGCAACAGCAAAAUCAAACACCUGAUGUUGAAAUAGUGCUAGCUACAGCACUGCAGCACACAGAACAACAAUCAGAACGGUCACUCUCGCAAACCCAGCACGCCCACUUGCAGCAACAGCGGCUAACUGAGGACGAACGGCAGCUUGAGCAGCGACUGGAAAUAAUCAGUCGCCAACUCGAGCGUGAUAUUGAUGAGGCUUCUAAUAAUGAGCCAAGUCAGCAGCAGCGACCACCAGAGCAGCAGCAACAAAAACAGUUACAACAUACAAUAACUUCAACUGAAACAAACACUACAAAUAAUAAUACAUGCAAUACAGAUUGUGCCACUAAAACCAAUUCUUAUAUUCCACAGAGCAUAUUAGUCCCACACAGUCGUACAGGCAGCGACACAGAUGCUUCUCGGCACCAUAGUCAGCAGGUGGCUACACAACAGCUUCACCAACAGCAUCCAAAUAGUCGCCAGCAGCAACAGCGGGAGGUAGUUGAGGCACUCAGCAGCAACAACACGCAGUCACCACCACGGGCAGCUAAAAGGCAAAGAAGUGGUUCAGUAUCCUAUAUUGAACCUAAAAGACGCUUACCUGCAGCCUAUGAAAAUCAGCAACAGCGGCAACUUCUUACCUUACUAGGUAAAAGGCACUCCACGGGUGCAGCUCAACACAACCGCUGGCCUCCAAAGCGCCAGAGACUGGUGCAACAGCGGCAGCAGCAGCGUCUAGUGUGCCUGAGACGAACGCGGCCAGGCAUAUGGCAGCUGCAAAUGCCCCACAGGCUGGGAGUAUGGCUUCUACUCUCUUGCUUUGGCCUGCAAACACGUCUGAAGGUGCCGCAGAUGCUUCAACAGGCACCUCCAACAGCACACAGCGAAUCCUCGACGAAUGGCAGGCAUCUCCAAAUUGCCAGAAGGCGGCCGUGGCACUCCUGGCAGAGACUCCAACGUCGAUGGUCCGACAGCGGGCGACAAAUACACAGGAAAGCCAGGCCGUACAACAUAUUACUCCAUGCAACCUGGAAUAUAGAAUAA